CCGCGGUUGAGAACUUCUCGAAGACGUCACACAGGAGGAAGAACUAAACAAGAUGGCGUCUGGCGGAGAAUGCGUGGUUUUGGUUAUUAUGGUUUCUAGGUCUUAAUUACAACGUACAUGUGCACAUGUGUGUCGUUUAACAGAGUAAACGUCGUUAUUAAUUGUUUGUAUGCGGAUACAUUAGUCUGAGUGCACUUAUACGUGCUAGCCUAGCCUGCUGGUUAGCUUAGCUUGUUAGCUGCUAACAAAGAGAGGCGGAAGUGAUCGACACAUCAAAGCAGAGAUCCAAUACGUCUGUGAAGAACAUUUUCACCCUGAGCAACAGAAGUGGAGCUUCAGGAUGCAGAUGGAGGAGCCACAGCACAACCUCAUUAAGAAGGAAGAGGAAUACCCACUGAUCCCCAAUUUCAAAAAUGAAGAGGAACACCAACGGAUCCCCCAUUUUAAAGAGGAGGAGGAAGAUCCACUCACACCUCAUUUUAAAGAGAAAGCGGUGAAUACACUGAGCCCUCACAUUAAAGAGGAAAAGGAGGACCAGUUGAUCCCCCAUUUUAAAGAGGAAGAGGAGACACCACUCAUAACCCAUUUCAAAGAGGAAGAGGGGAACCUACUGAUCCCUCACAUUAAAGAGGAAGAAGAGGACCAGUUGACCCCCCAUUUUAAAAAGGAAGAGGAGAAGCCACUCUUAACCCAUUUCAAAGAGGAAGAGGGGGACCUACUGAGCCCUCACAUUAAAGAGGAAGAGGAGGACCAGUUGAUCCCCCAUUUUAAAGAGGAAGAGGAGACACCACUCAUAACCCAUUUCAAAGAGGAAGAGGGGAACCUACUGAUCUCUCACAUUAAAGAGGAAGAGGAGGACCAGUUGACCCCCCAUUUUAAAAAGGAAGAGGAGAAGCCACUCAUAACCCAUUUCAAAGAGGAAGGGGGGAACCUACUGAUCCCUCACAUUAAAGAGGAAGAGGAGGAACACAGCAUCAGUCAGCAGGGAGAGCAUCUUGAAGGACUGGAGGAGGUUGAUGUCACCAAGAUGCCAGUGACUGGUGUCCCUGUGAAGAAUGAAGAUGAUGAGGUCAAAGGUGAGAGAGAGGCGGAGCCUCCAAGCAGCAGCUCAACUCAACACAUGACAACAGAAGCUGAUGGAGACCACUGUGGAGGAUCACAAGCAGACAAGCCCUUAGCUCCACUAUCAGAUAGUGAGGACACAAUGUCACACCCUCCUGACACUGAUGAUGAAGACUCUAAAGACGAUAAGACAUGUCACACUGACAACAGACGCUUCACAUGUUCUGUCUGUGACAAAACUUUUAAAUAUUCUGGUUAUUUGAAAGUACACAUGAAAAGACACACUGGAGAAAAACCUUUUUCGUGUUCAAUCUGUAGUAAAGGUUUUAUUGAAAAUCGAGAGAUGAAAAAACACAUGAGAAGACACAUCGGAGAACAACCUUUUUCCUGCUCAGAAUGUGGUAAAAGUUUUGUAUUAACUCAAAGUUUAAAAUUACGCAUGAUAACACACACUGGAGAAAAACUUUUUUCGUGUCCAAUCUGCGGUAAAGAUUUUUCUCGAAGGGACCCUUUCAAAACACACAUAAAAAUACACACUGGAGAAAUAAAUUUUUCCUGUUUAGAAUGCGGUAAAGGUUUUGUAACUCGUCAAAGGUUAAACGUACACAUGAAAACACACAUUGGUGGAAAACCUUUUAUAUGUCCAGUAUGUGUUAAAAGUUAAAUAGAAAGUCUGCAAUUAAAAUCACACAUGAGAACGCACUCUGGUGGAAAAACAGACUCCCGUUCGAGCUGCAACCAAAGAUUUUGUCACCUACACUUACAGUUAGGGAUGCGAAUCUUUGGGUGUCCCACGAUUCGAUUCAAUAUCGAUUCUUGGGGUCACGAUUCGAUAAUAUAUCUAUUUUUUCGAUUCAAUGCGAUUCUCUAUUCAAAAACGAUAUUUUUCCGAUUCAAAAGGAUUCUGUAUUCAUUCAAUACACAGGAUUUCAGCAGGAUCUACCCCAGUCUGCUGACAUGCUAGCAGAGUAGUAGAUUUAAAAAAAAAAGCUUUUAUAAUUGUAAAGGACAAUGUUUUGUCAACUGAUUGCAAUAAUGUUCGUUUGAACUAUUAAACAAACCAAAAAUAUGACUUAUUUUAUCUUUGUGAAAACAUUGGACACAGUGUGUUGUCCAGCUUAUGAGAUGCCAUGCAAGUGUAAGCCACUGUGACACUCUUGUUCUAUUUCAAAAAUGUUAUAAAUGUCUAAUGAUAAUGUCAGUGAGGGAUUUUUAGUCACUGCUCUGCUGAAAUUAUAACUAAUAUUGAUACUGUUGUUGAUAAUAUUCAUUUUUGUUUCACUACUUUUGGUUUGUUCUGUGUGGUGUUUGUGUCUCCUCUCAAUUGCUCUGUUUAUUGCAGUUCUGAGUGUUGCUGGGUCAGGUUUGGUAUUGGAAUUGGAUUGCAUUGUUAUGGUAUUGCUGUGUAUUGUUUUGUUGGAUUGAUUAAAAAAAGAGAGAGAAUCGAUUCUGAUUCGUAUUCGAACCGAUUUUUUUCCCACACCCCUACUUACAGUACACAUGAGAACACACACAGGUGAGAAAGUGUUGAGUUGCAGUGUGUGUGGUGAAAGAUUCUCUUCUAAGUACCAGUGUAAGAAACACAAGUGUGCUGGUGAGAACAGCAGCAGCAAAUGAAGAUGCAGGAUUUGAAAUAAACGGUCAAAACUUGAACUUUGACUUUCUAACAACAUCAGCACAUAUAACAUGUGUGACAUCAUUGUUGUGUGUGUAACACAAUCUUGUUAAUAUGAUUCUAACAUUUAUAGAUUAGACACUUCAGAUUAGUGCUUUUAUUUCAGUCAAGUACAUGAGUUAAUAUACACAUUUGUGUACUUUAAAAUGAACAGAACAAGGUUAGAAUAAACAGUACAUAAAAUAUGUUACAUACAAUAAACAUUUUAUGUGUAGAUAUUCACAAUUCACUUUUAUACUUAUUCAUAAUGAAGUGUUACAUAUUUUAUUUUCUAAUUGUAGAUGAUUCCAUAGAUGAACUCCUUUAUAUGAUGUACAUAUUUGUUUUACAUGUGUUCAUACCUUUGCUUUUGAGUACACAUAAAUCCCUCUUAGUUCAUAUUUACUGGUUCACAUCUGAAACAUCUUCUGGACCACUUCUGGAAGCAUAUUAUUAUUUACUUUAUACAUCAUUUGAACAGUUGUCUUUGUGGUGCUGAAUUUCCCCCAGGGAUCAAUAAAGUACUUUCUAUUCUAUCUAUUCUAUUAUACAAUUUUAAAAUGUGUGACUUCAUGAAUCAUUUAUUGGGUCUCAAUGGUCCAUUCUAUUAAUUGUCUUUAUUACUUUCUUGUGUAAUAUGAAUAUUGUUGUGUGAUUGUUUUAUAUGUAUGUCCCCAGACAUUUAUGCAAUAAACAAUGUAUGCUUCAACUAAA